UUCCAACCUUUUAGCCUCUUUUCUUAUAGGAAAAAAAUGAUGGUGUAUAAACUCCUUCCCAAAUCUAAUACCCAAAUUGAUGAUGAUUUUUCCUUCCAGCCAGAGACGAUUUCGAAUGAACUUCCACCACAGGAAUUCCUCAAAGAGGCCAUUUUUGCUGCAGGUAGCUUCUGGGAACUGGAGACUGCAUUUGGCCGCGUUGAUGGUGUUGUAAGGACAGCUGUGGGCUACUAUGGAGGAAACCAUGUAAAGCCUAGUUACAAAGAGGUAUUAGACGGAUCGACAGGACACACUGAGGCUGUAAAGGUGAUCUAUGACACGAGGAAUACUUCUUACAAAUCUCUGUGCAAGGUCUUCUGGGCAAGCCAUGAUCCAACGAAGAAAGAAUAUCUGAAAUUUGGAGUAAACACACACCACCGAUCGGCAAUCUUUUACGAGAAUGAGGAGGAGAAGAAGCAAGCACAACAAUCAAAGGUAAAACAGCAGAUGAAACUGAACAGGAGAAUAGUGACCAAAAUAUUGCCUUGCCACUCCAACACCGUCUCUGGCUUCUACCUGGCAGAGAGUCACCACCAGAAGUACUACUUGCAGAGGUACCAUAUCCGCCUCUGUGAGUCCCUCAACCUCCGCAGUGCCGAGCAGUUUGCUGACUCCCACCUUGCUUGCAAGUUAAACGGAUAGAAUAUGAGACAUCACAAAGAAGAAAGUCGAUAGUUCAGUUCGUGCGUGCAAAUCAAAUGCCCGAUGAAUUCCUUUUCCUUGGUAGUCUCUAGCUUUCACCAAUACCGAUUGGUAUAAAGGUAGUAAUUUGUGGAUUUAGUGGAAUAUUACUUCAAUACAUAAUUUCCUGAGAAAUAUACAGUAGGGAUUCAAGUGAGCUUUUUUUUUUAAUGCUUAAUAAUUGGAACAUGUCCGGGAUGGUGCACUUUCUAAGCAUAUCUUUCGAUGAUUAGCAUAGACAAGUUGGUGAAAAAACAAUAUGGGAGAUAAAUAAUAAUCCUGAACAGCGCAUGGUAUCCUUUCCACAUUGGACUUUGUGAAGUCAAAAGGAAAGAUCUUACACCAAUUGGAGAGCUCCAGGAGAUGAGUUUUCACGGAUGAGGAACAACGGCAUGGGGAUAGAUGUCACAGUUGAAUUCCAAAACAUAUGAUCUACCAAUUCAUUCAAGACUCAGAAACAUUUAGAAUAAGAUAAAUUCUCCAACACCUGAAGCAAAUCUUACUUACAU